UUUUUGGGAUGGAAGGAAAGCAGAACCUUGAUGCUGCAAGAAAGUGCUUGCUAGCUAGCUUGGAAACAUCAAGUGCCAUUGGUUCUGCAUUAGAUGAAUCUGAAUCAAGAUUGGAGCUUCUUCGCCAGCGAUGUCAAUCCCUGCAAACUUCAUUCAGACCAAUCUCCAUGCAGAAAUGCUCGUUCAUGGACGUUGGCAAUGAUGCCAAGAAGCUUGAAGAAGCCUUGAAGCUUCUCACUGAUAAUUGCACGUUAGCAAUUGGCUGGUUGCAGGGUGUUCUUGACUUCUUACAAGACAAAGUGAUCACCAAUGAGUUUUACCUCUUUCAGGUGAAGAAAUCCUUGAGGAUACUGCGAGAAUUGCAAGCCGUGGAAGAGGGAGUUUGCAUCAAUGGAGGUUUUCUCAGUGCAGCCUUAGACAAUCUAGAGACUGAGUUCCAAAGACUUCUGAUGGCAAACUCAAUGCCCAUUCCUUUGGUUUCGUUAGGAUCACACGUCGCAACACAAGCUUUGCCAGGUUCUGUUAUGGGGAAGUUGCAGGCCAUCAUUGAGCGGUUAAAUGCAAACAGCAGGCUAGCCAAGUGUAAGUCUAUAUAUGAUGAAGUUCGAGGGACGAAUGCUCAAAGAACUUUGAACACUUUAGACUUGAGCUACCUUGAGAUUCCAACAGCUAAAUUUGAGGAUGUCAGGGAAAUAGCGAGUUACAUAGACCAAUGGGGCAUUGAUUUGGAGUUGGUUGUCAAGAACGUUCUUCAUACUGAGUACAUGCUAUCUUGCCGUGUCUUUGAGAAGAUUGGUCGAGAAGCAUCGACCGAAUGUUUUGCCAGGAUCGCCAUCAGAUCAGGAAUUCUUUCAUUCAUUCUAUGUUUCAUUCCAUCGACCGGCGCAAGUGAAGCUGCAAAGGCCAAGUUCUCCUCCCCGAGAUAGCGAUGUCCCUAGGCUGGUAAGCUUUGUAACUGAUUACUGCAAUCAGCUGCUUAAUGAUACAUAUCUACCACAUUUGAAAAAGGUCCUAGAAAUUCAUCUUAGUUGGAGAAAUGAAACAUAUGAAGAGGGUAUUGUUUUCACACAAAUAUAUGACACAAUCAAGGAAGUUGCAGUUACUCUUGAUUCUUGGUCAAAGGCCUAUGAGGAUAUCACAUUGUCCUACAUUUUCAUGAUAAAUAAUCAUUGCCAUUUCUACAAUUUGAGGGGUACCAUUCUUGGGGAUAUGAUGGGAGAUACUUGGUUAGGAGCACAUGAACAAUACAAGGACUAUUAUGCAGCACUUUAUUUGAGGAAUAGCUGCGGAAAGCUUCUAUCAAUUAUUGUUCAAAAAGACUUACUUUCAUCCUCAUUGAGUAGCCAAGAUUUGGGAAAGAGAUUGCAUGCUUUCAAUGUAGCUUUUGAUGAGAGGUACAA